AUUUGUUUAUUUAUUUUUCAAUGAAUGAAACUGUGAUUUGGGAGAUGCUUAUUUUUCAAAAAGAGAAUCUAAAGGCAACGGGGGCUGAGGGACAAAUUGUCCGGGUGGAAGGGGAAAAUCCCCUUAGCGAUUGUGCACCAGCUGGUCAGAGGAGAUGGUGGACCACGCCCCUAGGAGCUUUGAGCUCAGAUGGGAUGGGAAAGACCAGCCGAGUAUUACCUGUUGGAAAUCAGGUCUUUCCUCCCCUUCUCUUGCAUCUUUCCUGGGAUUGUCAGUGGCCAGAGUGAGGCUAACAUUCUAGAUAAGCAUGGUGACUCAUUUUCAUCAGGAAGAGGGACACAUACAAGAUGAGCAAGAAUUCCAGUCCCCGCCCUCCUCCCGCAUUGCCCAGGUUGAAAAAAACGAUGAGGACCAAAAGAUCGAACAAGAUGGCAUCAAACCAGAAGAUAAAGCUCAUAAGGCUGCGACCAAAAUUCAGGCUAGCUUCCGUGGACACAUAACAAGGAAAAAGCUCAAAGGAGAGAAGAAGGGCGAUGCCCAAGCUGCUGAGGCUGAGGUGAGUGAGAAGAAGGAAGAUGUCCCUGCUGCUGCUGGUGCCGAAAAGAAGGAGGGAGAAGGUUCCACUACCACCGAGGCAGCCCCAGCCACUGGUCCCAAGCCUGAGGAAUCUGGCAAAGCAGGAGAAACUCCUUCCGAGGAGAAGAAAGGGGAGGGCGCCUCCGAUGCUGGUGCAGAGCAGGCAGCCCCCCAGGCCCCUGCCCCCUCAGAGGAGAAGGCCGGCUCUGCUGAGACAGAAAGUGCCACUAAAGCUUCCACUGACAACUCGCCGUCCUCCAAGGCAGAAGAUGCCCCAGCCAAGGAGGAGCCUAAACAAGCCGAUGUGCCUGCUGCUGUCACUGCUGCUGCUGCUGCCGCCACCCCUGCUGCAGAGGAUGCUGCCACCAAGGCAACAACCCAGCUUCCAACGGAGACUUCGGAGAGCAGCCAAGCCGAGGAGAAGAUAGAAGCUGUAGAUGAAACCAAACCUAAGGAAAGUGCCCGGCAGGAGGAGGAUAAAGGAGAAGAACGUGAGGUGGACCAAGAACAUGCCUGAACUCUAAGAAAUGGCUUUCCACGUCCUCACCCUCCCCUCUCCGGGACCCUGUCUCUCCCUCCCUCUUCUCAGCUCCACUCUGAAGUUUCCCUUCCUGACCUGCUCACAUCUGUGAGUCUGUCCUCUCCCACCCACUAGCCCUCUUUCUCUCUAUGUGGCAAACAUUUAAAAAAAAAAAGCAGGAAAGAUCCCAAGUCAAACAGUGUGGCUUAAACAUUUUUUGUUUCUUGGUGUUGUUAUGGCGAGUUUUUGGUAAUGAUGAUCCAAUCAUUUUGGGAAAUUCUUGCACUGUAUCCAAGUUUUUUGAAUUGGUGCGCGUGGCCCUGUGGGAGUCCACUUUCCUCUCUCUCUCUCUCUCUGUUCCAAGUGUGUGUGCAAUGUUCCGUUCAUCUGAGGAGUCCAAAAUAUCAAGUGAAUUCAAAAUCAUUUUUCUUUUUCUCCUUUUCAAUGUGAUGGAAUGAACAAAAAGAAAAAAAUUCAAAAACCCAGUUUGUUUAGAAAAUAAAUAAAGCAAAUGUGCCAAUUAGCGUAACUUGCGGCUCUAAGGCUCCUUUUUCAAUCUGAAUAUUAAUAAAUCAUGAGAAUAAUCAAAC